AUGUACGCCGGAAAACGAGCGCCUCUCUCCUCGAGGUCGCUCAACAACUACACCAAGAACUCGGGCGCGUCCACGUCAUCCUCCUCGGCUGCAGGAGGUGCAGGGGGCGGCGCGGUCAAGAGCGAGGUGACGCGUCAUUCGGUGCGCUCGGCGAAAUACCCGCAUCGACUCAAUUUCUACGAAAGACCACCUCAGGAAGAGAUCACGAUCGAGCAGUUUGAAGAAUGGGCUAUCGAUCGUCUGAGGCGUACGUACCCUGCUUCUCUACUUUGGUGUAGGGGUGGAUGUCGCCUAGCGUGCGACUUGAAAGCGCGCCUCGACGCGUCGAGCAGCCACGGCGAGGCCAUGCCGUUGCUCCCCGCUGAUCGUCUGCGAUCCCCCAACAGUCCUCGCCGACAUUGAAGCCGCUCAAGCACGCAACAAGUCGCACGACGAUAUCCGCCAGCUCGUGCUCGAACGCAGCAAAGCGCAUCUGCCCCUGUCGAGCGAUUCCAUCAAAUCGGCCGACGUCGAAAUGGAGCGUAAGAAGGAUCUCUACUCGCACUUUGUCCUUCGUCUGGCCUUCUGUCGCUCGUGAGUCAGGAUGUUUGAUCGGCUACAUGCGAUGAAAUGUGGCUCACCCUGCGGAUGGAUUUACUGUUUCCUCCAGGGAGGAAUUGAGGCAGCGCUUCCUCAGAGUCGAGACCGUACUCUUCAAGAUCCGCUACGAAUCCGAUGAUGUCGAGGACCGACGGAGGUUCAUCGACUCGCUCAACUUUGGCUGGGACGUCGUUGGGCAAGAGGAGAAGAUGUCGCUGAAGAAAGAGUUGGCCAAUGCGAGUUGGAUGAAGGAGGAUCGCAUCGAGUUUGAACGCUUCUUCAAGGUGAGUUCGGCUACCACGUGAGAAGGCUCUGCGUGGACACUGAUACAUUUAUGGCGAUUGGUCAUUGUGCAGGUUGAUUGGACUCAGGUCACCGAUUUGGUCGCUAGGCGGGCUGUCUACCUCCAGGCCGGAAAGGCCUUUGUACCGCAUCGAGAAGAGCUCUCCUUGGUCCUGGCCGAAUUCUCUGCGCGGUUAUCUCGGGGUCUCGAGGCGAGUGAAAGGUCUCAUGAUUCGGCGGCGAGAAAGUAAGAACUGACGAUAGUUUGGACUUUGCCUCCACAGCAAACGGCCAAAGCUCUGCCUCGACUUGAUGAGGACUCGCGCCUCUUGCCCGUACUCGAGCAUCUCUCGAUGGGCUUCGAGGCGGGCAUCACCUCCGAAUACACCUUCACCGGCGCCGAAGAUGGCGAAGCGAUCCGGGCCGAGAUGGUCCCCGCCUUGGCGCAGCAGAGCUUCCCCAUGUGCAUGCGCUCGCUGCAGGAGACGCUCAAGUCGAGCAAGCAUCUCAAGCACGAGGGAAGGCAGCAAUACAACCUCUUCCUCAAGGUGAGCUGCGCUGAAUUGUCAUUUCGUGUAGCCGCUAACUGUGUAUCUUGCGCUUCUUUUCAACCAGGGGAUCGGCCUUUCUGUCGAAGAAGCCAUCGUCUUUUGGCGCCAAUCCUUCAGCAACAUCACCGCCGACAAGUUCAAAAAGGAAUACCAAUACAACAUCCGUCACGGAUACGGACUAGAAGGCUCGCGCAAGAACUACGCCCCUCGUUCUUGUUCACAAAUCAUCAUGGGCGUCGCACCCGGACCGGGCCAAGCCCAUGGUUGCCCUUUCCGUCAUUACGACGAGGCCAACUUGCAGACCAAGUUGCAGUCGACGUAUAACCUCGAUGCGUCGGAUACGAGGGAGAUCAUGUCCAGUGUCAAGGGAAAACAUUACCAUGUCGCUUGUACGAGGUUGUUCGAGAUUCAGCAUGCCAAGUUUGGAGUUGUCAAGGGUGAUGGGAUAGGGAAGGGGGACAGUGUCGAUCAUCCGAACAAGUACUUCGAUCGUAGUCGCGUGUUAAUCAAGGAGAAGAUGGAGAGGGAUGGGAUCGUCGAUCCGAAUGCGGUCAAGGCGGAUGCGAAACCCAGCGUGGUCAAGAGGGAUGAAGCUAAACCUGCGGUCGGGGUCAGGCCUGAAACGGUCGAAGAGGGCUCGUCUUCGGCGAUGGACGUAGAUGCCUGA